UCUGGGGACAUUACACACACACUCAUUUCCUGCAGACUUAUGGGGUUUGUUGGUUUUGCAUAAGGUUUUCUCAAGCCUAACUUUUGUUUCAGUAAACCACUGAAACAAAAGUUACCGGAAACACUGACCACAAUUAACUGGUUUAGAUGUCCCCUAAGGUCCAUGACACACGCACGCACGCACACACACACACACACACACACACACACACACACAGUCACAGGGAGGGAGGAUCUCCGCGCGCUCUCUUUUUCAUCACUUCUCUGUGUGUCGGUCACCGGAUCCUCGUGCGUCGCGGGACUCGUGCUGGAAGAUAAACCGGAGCUCCACGCGCGUGUGGAAGGUUAACGGCGCGAGGAUCAACAGGAGGUUUUAACUCGCCGGGAGAGGAGAGGAGUCACCGGACACUUCUGAGACAAACCUCCGCUCUCUCCGUCAUGUCGGCCCGGUGCUGACUCCACAUCUGCUCGGUACCGAUCCGGAUCCACCGUUUGACCCGGGAUAUCUGCGCUGUGAACGUUUGUCCUCCAUCAUGUAUCCCUCCGCUGUCGGUGUGUGUGCGCGCUGCAGCCUGUUCCUGGUCCUGGUUCAGGUCCUGGUCCAGUUCCUGGUGCUGGUCUGUCCUGCUGCAGGAUACAGUCUGGAUCAGGAGCACAGUUUGGAGUUCAGUGGUCCCUCCUCCUCCAUGUUUGGAUACUCAGUCCUGCUGCAUCGCCACAAAACUCACAAAUGGUUAGUGGUUGGAGCUCCAGUAGCAAACUCAUCCUCCAAUCCGACGGUUCAAUCUCCAGGAGCCAUUUUCCGCUGCAACAUCACUGCAGAGACGCAGCACUGCCAACACAUGCAUGCCGAUGUGUCGAAAUGUGGGAAGACGUGUGAAGCAGAAAGUGAUCACCAGUGGCUGGGAGUCAGUCUGUCCAGACAACCCGGAGACAAUGGAGGACACAUCCUGGCGUGUGGUCACCGCUGGAAGAACGUCUUCUACUCAAAGAAGGACAGUCAGAACAACAAGCUGCCAAACGGAGUGUGUUAUCGCUAUGGCAGCGACCUGAGACAUGGUCAGCCCAUGAUCCCCUGCUACAGAGACCACCAGAGGAAGUUCGGGGAGGAUUACGGGUCAUGUCAGGCUGGUAUCUCGAAUUUCCUGACAGAGGAUCUGAUCAUCAUGGGGGCUCCAGGGACGUCUUAUUGGACGGGUUCAGUUCUGGUCUUCAACACGUCCAGUCGAGGGAUGUCAGUGUACCUCGAUGAUGAAGCUGGAACAGUCAGCUUCGGAAGCUACCUGGGUUACGCUGUUGGAGCUGGUCACUUCCUGAGUCCUGCUACACUGGAGGUGGUGGGUGGAGCUCCGCAAUAUAACCAGAGAGGAAAGGUCUUCAUCCUCACCGUAGACAACAGUUUGCUGCGGGUCAUCUCUAACGUGUCUGGAAAAGAGCUGGGAUCAUACUUUGGCUCCAGUUUGUGUGCGGUGGAUCUGAACGCUGAUGGUUUGUCAGAUCUAUUGGUCGGCGCUCCCUUGGCAACUGGGGCCGCCAGGGAGGAGGGACGAGUGCAUGUGUACAUAAACCAGGGGCAGGCGAAUAUGUUGGAGGCGGAGUUUCAGCUGACUGGCAGUGAUGCCUAUGCCGCUCGGUUUGGAGAGACCAUCGCUGACCUUGGAGACCUGGAUGACGAUGGUUACCAUGAUGUGGCAAUCGGUGCCCCACAUGAAGACGACCUGAAAGGAGCUGUCUACAUCUAUAAUGGCAGAAAGGAGGGAAUCUCACCAACUCCAUCUCAGAGAAUUACUGGAUCCACCCUGGGUCGCGACCUCAGGAUGUUCGGCCAGUCGCUCAGCUCUGGCAUUGACAUCGAUGAUAAUGGCUACCAGGAUGUGGCGGUCGGUGCAUUCCUCUCGGACGCAGCUGUGGUUCUCAGGACCCGUCCAGUGAUUCAGGUGAAGGCGUCUCUGACUCUGCCUGAGCAGAUUGACCAGCAGGUGGCGCUGUGCAGAGAACACAACACUCCAACUGUCUGCUUCAAUGUCACCGUCUGCUUCAGUGUCUGGUCCCGACAUUUCAGAGGAGCCAUAGAUCUUCAGUAUAAUUUGACCUCUGACCUCCUCCAUAAACCAUCCUUCCCUCAUCGUUUCGAUUUCCAUGGUAACGGGUCGUCCAACAGCACUAGGGGUCAUGUGAAAGCCCGACACGGCCAGCUUACGUGUACAACACACGUGGCAUUCCAAAGGAAAGACGUGAGGGACAUUUUCACUCCGGUCCAGUUCGAAGUUUCCUAUGGUCUCAGAGAAACAAGCACCCACAAAGCCUCCUCCAGAACCUUCCCUCCGUUAAAACCCAUCCUGCAGCAGGGCACAGGACACCAGAACACCAUCACCAACCAGACUCAGUUUGCUCGUUCCUGUUCUCUGGUGAACUGUUCGACCAACAUGCAGCUGUCGGCCGUACUAGUGCUGCCCCAUCAGCAGCAGUACUUCGCUCUCGGCUCUGGACAGACCAUCAUGUUGAAAACCUCGAUGGUGAACUCUGGAGACGACGCCUUCCUGCCACGACUGAUGCUGUAUUUCCCAAACAACAUCCACUACAUUAAAGUUCUGCAGAACCAGGACAACCUGGUCAGCUGUGAUGUCACACAGGAAAUCAACAGUACAAUGGUGCUGGUCGACUGCAGCGUCACCAGCCUCCUGCUCCCAGCACAAAGCCAGCUAAAUAUCAACUUCCUGUUGGACGUGAACCAGAACAGCACGCCCGGUGAUAUCGACAUCCAUGUCAACACCAGCAGUGAUAACUAUGAGAGGGCGGAGUAUCUCCAUGACAACUCCCUCAGCCUCCUCCUUCCUCUUAAAUAUGGAGUCAACAUCAACAUCCACGGCUUUGUGACUCCCACAUCUUUUGUGUUUGGAGAUGAAGACUUGACUCCAGUCGACUGCUACGCUGAAACUUUCAACUACACAUACAAGGUUUUAAACUCUGGACCCAGCAGGUCAAUAGAUACCGUGGUUGAGAUUGCAUUACCGAAGAUUCUCACACCGUACCGACACAGACUGCUGCAGGUGAUCGACUGGCAGUCGUCUCAUGGCGUGUGUUCCAUCAGUGACACGACUGUUUCAGUCAUCGAGGACUGUGACGUUCCUCAAGCUUCUUUCAUCAAACAACUCAUCUUCUUCUUCUCCUCCAUCUCCACCCGCAGACUGUUUUGUGGCCGUGGUGAUGAGCUGUGUGAGCGACUGGUGUGUCGUCUUGGUAACCUGGAGGCAGGAAGAGAUGCCACAAUCCAACUGGAGACAAGACUGAACCCUGCUGUGCUGCUGCAAGCUCCGGGUCGUCAUGGUAUCAUGAGGUUGGAAAGCACAGCGAUGAUGUCAUCUCCCAGAGAAGAUCCUCACACCAUCCUCAUCCAGAAACAACCUGCAGUACAGGUGGUGGUUGAAGCUCUUUUUACCCAGAAACCCACGACGACAGUGAAGGUCUUCAUCAUCGUGGUCAGUUUAGUUUUGGGUCUGAUGAUACUGGCUGCUCUCAUCUGGUGUCUGUGGAAGGCUGGUUUCUUUAAGAGGAACCUGCACAAGAAGGAGGAGGAGUUCAGGAGACACAGCUGGGACUACGUUCCCAAGAGCAACGAAAGAGAGAGCUUUUCAUAACCCCAGCUAUCGUGACCUUUGACCUCUGACUGUUGGGUGGGGCUCACAUUGUGACUGUGGGACAUCAACAGCCAAUGAAAUGUGUCCGGACUGCGUGAGAAGUGUGAAGUCAGAGCCAGCUGAUGGAGGCAGAUGACGAACACGUCUCACGUGAACGCUUCCUGACGUCUGACUGUGACCUUUAAAUUAUUUUGCCUUUAAAAAAAAGACUUGUUUAAAUAGAGGAUUAUUGAAAAAGGGAAGUGAAGCUGCAACAUUCAAAACUGGACCAGUUACAGGAUCGUUACUUGUGAGUGUAACACCGUCAUCGAUGGCCUCCAUUUUGACUCAGUUACGUGGAAACGGACCAAAGGACACUUCCUUUACUCUCAGGGGAUUGAAGCGUGGCCUCUGAUUGGCUCAUAACUCUCUGGAAGGGCCUCACUUUCUACACAGUAUUUGUAUUCAACUGCUGACCAACGCAUGAUGUCGUCCAGACAGAGGACAUCAUUGUCGGCUAUUGAAUAUUUUUAGACCUUUAUUAGACAGAGACAGAGAAGAGAAGUGAGUGAGAGGACGGAGGGGAAGGACAUGCUCCGGUCGAACUGAGGACUCCUCCACGUAGAUGCAGUCAAACCAUUCAGAUCUCAGGCUGCAGAUUUAACAGGCAGUAAAAAACAGAACUUGUGGCAUUUGUUUGUUAUAGUUUCUUGUCGCAGCAGCACCUUAACUAAAAUGUCACAUUCAGUGGAUUUCCUUAUGCAAAUUCAUGUUUAGAAGAUGAGAAUUUGUAGCGUUGAACAACAGUGAUCCUUCCUUACACUGCUGGCCUUUCAGGGAGUAGUUGGCUGAACUGAAUCUUAUAAGUUGUGUUGCACCACAUGUUUUUUUAUUUAACCCCUUUUGAUAGAGCUUUGCUCAAAAGUGAGCUGCAGAAAAUCAUGAGACAGAGCUUGACGGCCUUAAUACAUCUUUUUCCUCCUUAGUGGACCAUCGAGAUGAUUACUGACAGUUGGGGCUUUUUUCCCCUUUAUUAAUAGAAAAUAGUAAGAAGCUCAGACAGCGAGUUGUUGCUGGCUGGUUUCCAUUUGGCUGACUUGGCUCCUCACGUUUCAUAUGACCAGAGAUACACAGCACUGGGUGUCAGGGAAAACUGAAAGAGCCGAUUGGACACGAGGAAACAACGAUAACAGCUGUAAAUUAUCUGAAUAAAAUCUAUAGUUGUAUCUAAUUUGUAAAAGUACAGUUACAUCUGACAUCUUUUUGACCCUGAGGAUAUUUUAGGAUUAAUAAUACUAAUCACAUUUUUCCUUCGUGAGCCAAGUUGCACUUAAAACAUAAAAUAGAAAAAUAAAAACAUUUGGUUUUAUAUUCUACAUACACAAUAUUUUUCAUUCUAUGGUUAAACAGCUGUCGUUCCUGUUUCCACAGAUAUUCUACCUAAUGUAAUAUAGUUGAUAUUAAAUUAUUAAUAUUAUUAUUAAUGGUUUAAUGUUUCCAUAAAAGCCCCAAAUGAUCAGUAAGAUGAAAAUUAAAGUGGCGUAACGGUCCUUUAUAAAAAUGUAUAGGAUAAAGGAUAUGGCUGGUUGUGUACAUCGACAGGAACCUGCUCUAUUUCCAGGUCAGAGGAUGAAAGAUGGGAGAAAACAUUCUUAGCGGAAUGGAAAACACAAAACCCCCCAAAAAGUCUUGUUAGGAUCAGGGGGUGAAUUUCUGCUUCCAGUCUCUGGUGUAUACGAGCCUUAACGCCGUCAGACUGAUUUCACUGUUGUAACUUUCCACUGACUGAUCAAUUCAGGGAAAUAAUCCUGUGCCAAAAAAACCUGAGAACAAUGUACGGCCGGCUGGGACUGAAGCGAGAAUGAUUGUCUGUUUCCUUUACGCAAACCUUCGAGAAACAUAUCAAGUGACAUCCAGUCCAGCUUGAAUACUUUUUGCUGUUUGACUUCAGUGACAUGUUUUUAUCUUCUUUAUUUGCUGAGUGUCUCUACAUGCCCACAUGACUGGGAGAUCGAUAAUAAUACAUUUAUUUAUUAAGCGAUUUUUAAGGUGCUCUGAUAUUCUUCAGACGACACAUCAGUGAAAAAAGAACUGAGAGAGGCGGGUGAUGUCAGAAGAGGUGGUUCAGGUAAACUGUGGUGUCUUGGUUUACACCCUGGUUUGUAAAAAACGUCUUAAUUGAACCAGUGACAGAGCAACACAUUGAGCCACAGGAUUAAAUCCUAGACGACUACUUGUAAAUCGGCUUUUAACAAAUGUUUGACUUAUUAAAAGUAUUAAAACGUUUGUUUUAACUGUCUGUGCUCUGUGAAUACAGACGGUUAAAACAGGUGCUUCCUCCCUUCUCUUUAUCUGCUCAGUACAAAAGCACAUCACACAGAAAUGUCUUUAAUGUUUUAAUAUUGUGUUUUUGUUUAUGUCAAGUUGUUCUGCACUGGAGAGUCUCACUGUUUUUAUCAACACAUCUAUUAAAAAUAAAAAAAGUUUUUCUAUUUAAGCAA